AGUGACUCGUCCCUUCCCUUGUUUCGAGCUGAAAUUAACUAUUUGUGCAUCGUACAGUGGACGUGAUUACAAAAUGAAUGUCGCGGAAAAGUUUACGGUGGUCGACGUUUACGACCUAGCAUUGGAAAUCGGGAAAGAGUUUGAGACAAUAAUCGACACUAAUGGAGCAAAUGCCGUCUCGGGCUUGAUUACGAAAGUGGUCAAUGCGUUGGAGUUGAUGGAAACGCUGACCUGCCAGAAUGAAAGCGAAAAUGUCACCGUGCAGGAGCUGCAGGAAAAGAUUGCCCAGCUGGAAGCGGAAAAGGAGCAGAAAGCAGCCUCCCGGUCGCGAUAUGAAAAGGAGCUGGAAGCCAUCGAGGACCAGUGGCGUAACGAGGCGAAGGAGCUGUUCAAAGUAAUCGAUAAGUUGCAGGAGGAAAACCGUAAACUGCAACGUGGAAUUGCACAGACGGCGAGUGAAAACAGCAGCCAAUUGGAGGAACGGGCAAGAGAAAACGACACGAACGGUGACUCAAACAAUGGUUCGAAUACGUUGGACCCGGAGUCUCCGGCGUACAAGAAAUCCGAGCACAAAAUUCAGCUCUCGCAGCUGGAGGAAAAGCUGAAACGGAAAGAGAUUGAGCUGUGUGAAAAGAUGGCCGAAAUCGAGAGUUUGUCGAGCCAGAACGACCGUUUGAAGAAGGUGAUAAGCGAAAGUCGCAGGCGACAGAAGCUAUCGCACAGUCAGAUUGUUACGCUCUGCGAAGAACGGGCCGACUUUCUGGCCCAAAUACAGGACCAACAUCAUGAGAUCAAGGCGCUGCGGAAUCAACUUGGCCUGGCCGAGAAGGAAAACGAAGACUUAGCCAACCGUGUGAACGAGGACGAACGUCCCCGUUUCUCGACGGUGGAGCUGAAGGAGGUGCUGACCGAUCGCAACGAACUGAAAGCUCGUGUGAGUGAUCUCGAGCAAGAACUGAUGACGUGUCAGGCGAUCGGAGUGGUAGGAAAGACCGGUGGUAGUAACACGGACGUGUGCCAGAAGGAACCGAACCUUGAUAAACCCAUAGAUAUCAGCGAAUUGCCUGUACAAGGCCCUUUGCCUUACGAACCGGACGAUGCUCCGUGGAAAAAGAGUAAUGAAAGUGGUAUAAGAAAGUUCUUCCGCAAGUUGUUCAACGAAACCUCUUCCGACUGUUCGAGCUUUUCACAGCGCUCGCUGUCAACGCUCUCGAAAAUGGCACUCUCAUCGGGACCACAUAGUGAUAUACCGAUUUAAAAUGGUAACCUUUCGCGCCAAACGUGGAUGCAGUAUGAAAACACGGUAAUGGAUUUACACAGAAAAUGGAACAAACAACGAUAGUAGAUGAAAUAGGUGCAAUCCCUUUUUCAAGUCGACCAGCUAACUCCUGGUGACGUUUUUAAAGAUUAGCGUUUUGGCAUGUUCUGGCACCCAAGACCCGAAGGCAUUUCGAGGAUUCGAAUGGAACCUACCGUGUCGUAGCCAUAUUGUUAGCGUAGCCAAUUUUUUCAGCAGAUUAAUCCAAUUUGUAGAGCUGUCUAAAAGUUGUGUUAUCGGUAUUAGUGUAAUUUCUCGUAUAAACAGUUUCCCACCAACAUGGGUAUUUAGUACUCCAAUCUCUCUAGUUGCGUAGCAUGCACAUGCAGUAACAGUUCUUUGCGAAGGCAUAGUUAUCAAUUGUUGUUUUCUAGCAUAGCGAUAAACAAAGCAAACGUUGUUUCGGUACGAAUUUUCGUUUUUAUCACUACAAGUUUUCAGAUUCGUUCCUAGCAGGCGAAUAGUUCCACUUCCAACUUCUUCCAUUUCAAUUUAGCUUAUUAAGGGCCAGUUUUUUGCAGAAUGUUAUGAUUCCAGUCGAUAGUAUAGAGUGUGAUUGAGUGAAUCAGAAAGGAACAUUCACCUAAGUCUAGUCAACAUUCACCAAGCAAAUUUUUGCUACAUUCCAUUUAACACUUUGCAUUCGAUAUAAAACUUUUUUUUAUAGCUUUUCCUUAAAACAUGUUAGUUCAUCUACAUCUCGAAUGGGACAAACUCUGGGGGUCUGUUGACAGACAAAAAGUUUUUAGAUAAGGGCAAUGCAAUUAUACAGCAAACUCACAACAUCUGAACAAUAUUGGGGAACAGGUAUUAUAGGAGAGGUGUCUCGAGCGGUUCGAUGAGUCUAGAUUAUCUUUAAACCAGAACGACACUUUAUUUACAAAACCAAAAAAGAAAACUGAAACGGAACUGUGUCAAGUAUUAUGUGAGACAAUAUGAUCAAUUAAUAGCCAUUGUUUUAAACUAUAUAUUUCCAUUUUUUCCUAAACAUGACUGAGCAUGAGUUUUAAGCCACAACACUUCUAUGUAAUGAUGUCGUAGGCAUAUUUUGGACCAUUAUCAUAAACUAUGGCCAGCUCCCAUAUCUAGUGAGGAAUUAUCUCACAUAAAACUAACAUUAUAGUAGCGAAGUCUUAAAGGAAAGGGUUUGGUGUUGUAAGUUAACCUUAUUAUAACUUUUAACCGAACUAAUAUCAUCAGUAGCAAAGCAG